AUCAUCUGGUAAUCUAUAGCUGUUGGCGAAAAUGCGCGUCUUAUUUCUCUGCCCGUGCCGUGCAUCUAUAAUGUCACCGACACGCUCCUCUCGCGCCGCCGCCGCCGACUCCUAGUUUCCAGCGAUCUACCGAUGGCGAGACCGGCGGCGAAGGCGCUGCCGUCGAAGCACCUGGUGGCGCUUGCCGUCGUCGCCAUCCUCGGCCUCGUCCUCGUCGCCGACUUCCUCUGGGCCUCCUCCCGUUCCGCUGCGUCCGCCAUCUGGUCCUCGAGGCUCGAUCUCUCCACUGGCCCCACGGGGUCGCUGCCGCACCCCGCAAAGAAGGAAACGGUGGAAAAUUCGUCAACAGGGUUCAUGGACAUAAAUGCCACUUUUGCGGAUUUACCAGCACCAGAAUUAGAAUGGGAGGAGAUGGCUGAAGCGCCUGUGCCACGUUUGGAUGGUGCUGCUAUACAGAUUAAGAAUCUCUUAUAUGUGUUUGCUGGAUAUGGCACCAUUAACUAUGUGCAUUCUCAUGUGGAUAUUUUCAAUUUCUCGGAUAAUACAUGGGGAGGAAAGUUUGCUAUGCCAAAGGACAUGGCUCAUUCACAUCUGGGGAUGGUUACAGAUGGAAGAUUUAUCUAUGUAGUAACUGGGCAAUAUGGUCCGCAAUGUAGGGGACCUACAGCUCGGAAUUUCGUAUUGGACACUGAAAGAAAAGAAUGGCAUGAUUUGCCUCCUUUGCCAGUUCCUAGGUAUGCUCCAGCCACACAACUUUGGAGAGGGAGGCUUCAUGUGAUGGGUGGCAGCAAGGAGGAUAGGCAUGAACCUGGACUUGAACAUUGGAGCCUCGCAGUGAAGGAUGGGAAAGCGUUGGAGCAAGAAUGGAGAAGCGAGAUACCAAUCCCACGUGGCGGUCCACAUAGGGCCUGUGUUGUUGCUAAUGAUAAGCUUCUUGUUAUUGGUGGUCAAGAAGGCGAUUUCAUGGCCAAACCUGGAUCACCUAUAUUUAAAUGUGUUCGAAGAAGUGAGAUAGUGUACAGCGAUGUAUACAUGCUUGAUGAUGGAAUGAAAUGGAAGGAACUUCCACCUAUGCCAAAGCCAGAUUCACAUAUAGAGUUUGCUUGGACAAAUGUCAAUAAUUCUCUAAUCAUUGCUGGAGGAACCACAGAAAAGCACCCAAUAAAUAAAAGAAUGACCUUGGUUGGUGAAGUAUUUCGGUUCAAUUUGGAAACACUGGAGUGGAGUGUGAUCGGGCGGUUACCUUUCCGAAUCAAGACCACUUUGGUAGGAUACUGGGAUGGCUGGCUGUAUUUCACUUCUGGGCAACGAGACAAGGGCCCAAAAAAUCCAUCUCCUAAAAAGGUUGUCGGGUGCAUGUGGAGAACUAAGUUGCACCUGUGAUUUCCUUUUAAAGGAAAAAACUGAUGCAACUUAGGGCAUUCUUUAUGCAUUCUUUUGGUGUAUAACCGUUUCAUUCCCCCUUGUGGGCGAGUCGUUUACUGUCAUACAAACUGGCUAUGUGGUGCACUAUCACAUCGUACCACCAGUCUGUUGUAUGCUUCAUCUUUUUUCUGUACACCAUAGAAUAGACCACCUUAACACAGUUUUGUACAGAGGAUUGAUUGCUCUAAAGAGUUAUUAAUGUAAUCCUGUAGGAUGUAACGUGUACAUUCACUGUUGUUUUUCUGCAUGUUCUAACUCCUGCAUAGCAAUCAUCUUUUUCCUGUACACCAUAGAAUAGACCACCUUAACACAAUUUUGUACAGAGGAUUGAUUGCUCUAAAGAGUUAUUAAUGUAAUCCUGUAGGAUGUAGCAUGUACAUUCACUGUUGUUUUUC